AUGAAAUGCAUGGUGGCAAGAAUUUUCAAAGUGAAGACGCCGACUUUCAUUAAGACUAUCAAGGGAUUCAUUGAGGUGGUGACACCAAAACGCUACGAAGAGUGGGUAACCUCGCAACUAGACGUGACCACGAUGCGGGCGCUUGUAACGUCGGGGCAUACGCUUAACAACUUUCCUUGCGCAUUGUACGCCACCGACGUCACAUUGAGAGAGCAAAAUGGGGCAUGCUAUCGCCAGUACCAGAAUCGGCUUUUGGCGAUCGGAGCAGAGAUGAAAAAGCGGCGUCGCCUAAACCAAGAGCGUUACCGGCGCAACCAGCACCUUCGCCACCAAAUGCAGUUGGAUGAUCACCCUGUGCACAGUGACUUUGAGAUUGGCAGCGACCUGUUCUAA